CCCAUGAUUCCUGGAGGUCACAUCAACUGUGGAAAAUGGCGACUUGUGGCAAGUCGGUGUCGGAAAACAUCCCAGAUUACGAAUACAUUGAUGUUAACACAAAAACUUUUGAUAUAGGUGCGUUUAGAAAUUUAUGGUUAGAAAGGCUUAAGCCAUCACAUUACUCAUACAAAGAAAAGGAAGAUGAGGAAUUUGAGACAGAAUUAUCCAAAGAAUUCGGGCUCAACGCUGAAACCGUUAAUGAUCUGAAAUCCAUUUGCAGCCUCGAUUCACUUCGCUGCAAUCCUGUGGAUCGGCCCACAGAUACAAACGUUGUGCCGCCCGAUUCAACUCUCAGAACACUAAUACAAAGGAAGAGGAGACAGGAUUACAAAUCAAAUCUCACAGUCCAAAAAGUUGGUCGACAUGACCUCUAUGCGGAUGAGCUGGAGAGACUGACAUUUGGAAGGAACCCCACUGAAGGAAACGAGAUUCCUGAAGGAGAAGUUAUUAUCUCUGUCAACGUCUACUACCCCACCAUUUUUGAGAGAUUUAAGUAUAUUCGACCCCACAUGACUUUGUUGAUGACCGGGUCCCAUACAUUGGCAAACUUAAGGGACGCCAUUUGCUGUGUCAGUGACCUGCAAGUGUGUGGAGAAUUCAGCAACACGCCCGACAUUGCUCCUGACUUCAUCAGCAAGGAUCAUUACAGGUCAUCCUUCUUCUACCUGGAGGGAGUUUUCUACAAUGACAUGAGAUUCCCAGAGUGUCAGGACAUCAGUAGCACCACGAUUGACUGGGCAAAGAGCCACAACUUCCCUUCCUACGAGAAAGCCAAGAUGGAGGACACCAAGUUUAUUGAUCUGAAAAUCAAAGUGGGCUUCCCCUAUCUCUACUGUCACCAAGGAGACUGUGAGCACCUUGUCAUCAUCACAGAUGUAAGACUGUCCCAUAAGACUGACUGUCUGGAUAAGAAGCUCUACCCUCUCCUGACCCACAAGCACAGGGUGACCACACGCAGAUGCACCGUCUGCCAUCUCUACAUUGGCAGAUGGCUGACGUCAAACGACCGGUACGCUCCGUGCGACCCGUGCCUCUUCUGUGACAAAUGCUUCCGGUUGCUUCACUACGACGACCAGGGAAACAAGUUGGGGGACUUCCUAGCGUACCCCUACGUCGACCCAGGUGCAUUCAACUGAAGUCUCCAAACAAAGUUUAAAUGGAUUUUCUUUCGGAUGUUGUGUUCCAAGGGUCGACUGUUCAUGUUCCUGUUAAUGCUUCAUGGGGAAAACCAAUAUGCUCAUUCAGUUUAUCUGGUGGAAAUUGAACAUUAUAGCACUUUCUGUAAAUGUUUUGCAACACUGUUUAUUUCUUAUUUGUAUGGACAGUGCUCUGAUGAAGGAGAACCAGGUAUUGUCUGUAGUUUGAAAAGGUUGAAUUGACCCAUGUGUAUUUUGUAAAAUGUUUUUCCACCUUUCACACGAGUGUCAAUAGAAUAUUAUUUAGUAAUGACGGAUAAGGCCACAUCGUUACCUGUGGUAGCUAAUUACAUGAUGAAUUUGAGAUGAUUAAUAAAUAGGUAUUUUUGCAGUAUCAUCAAAACAACACCUAACGGGAAACAUUUGAGAAACUGCUGCUUUAUUAGUGGACUCUAUGAUGGACAGGAAAAUACUCUUAUUUACAUUUGUUAGAGAAACACUUAAAACAUGAUUGAAUUAAAGCACGUUUUGGCAAAAUAAA